CUACUUCAAUUAUUUUACAAGUUGAUGAUGCAUCCAAAAAUUUCAUUCAGCCCAAUAAAUUUAAAUCACCUAAAUCAAACAGAGAAUUUAAGUUUCAGACAGCUAUAACCCCCACUGAUAAAAACAAUGGCGACCUUUAAUAAUACGUGCAUGAAAAGCCGUUGGGAGAUUUGGUAUUAUUUAAAGACGAGCCUGCCUAACACUAUAACGUCAUGCCAGCUCGGUUCAGGAGUCCAAAACUUUGGAUUUCCUUUUAUUUAAGCAGACGAGAAUCAAACAGCCGGCAGUACACCCGUCAUUUGCUCCUUGUUUUUGGGUAUUUCAUCUGGGAAUUUGUUUAUUUGGAGCCCACAUGGAACAAUAAAAGCAGUGCCAUGGAAUGCAGUGGGAGAGUUGGACAAUGAAUACGGAGAUGGAAGACGAAGAAAAAUUGGAUGCAGUGAUUCUGGGCGCCUCAGGAUUUACAGGAAAGUAUGUUGUGAGAGAAUUUCUGAGCCAUCUGGAGCGGCCGGAUGGGCAAGGCCAAAGAAGAAUCGGCAUAGCAGGGCGCAACCGAGGGAAAUUGGCGGAGACGCUGCGAUGGGCGGCACAAGGGGCGGUGCCACCCUCAAUCCCCAUAAUUGAAGCAGAUGUCACGGAUGCGGCGUCUAUGGUGGCUCUGUGCAGAAGAACGCGGCUCAUUUUGAGCUGUGUGGGGCCCUACCGCCUCUACGGCGAGCCCGUUGUGGCCGCCUGCGUGGAAGCGGGCGUGGAUUACCUAGACAUUACAGGCGAGCCGGAGUUCAUGGAACGAAUGGAGGCUCUCUAUCAUGAUUCGGCCCUUCUUUCUGGUUCUCUCGUCGUUUCUGCCUGCGGUUAUGAUUCUGUGCCUGCUGAACUGGGCGUCAUUUUUCAUGCCAGGCAGUGGGAGCCGCCGUCUGUGCCGCAUAGCGUGGAUUCGUAUCUGGUGUUAGAGUCUGACAAGCGAAUUGUGGGGAAUAUCACCACUUUUGAGUCUGCCGUCCUUGGCGUCGCUAAUGCGGAUGAGCUUCAGAAGCUUAGGAGGUCCAGGCCCCGGCGCCCCAAACUUCAGGUACCUGGCCCUCCUGCCUCGAAAGCUAAGUCAAUAGAACACCAAAAAUCGAUUGGAUUAUGGGCACUGAAGUUACCCUCAUCAGAUGCAGCUGUUGUUCGAAGAACACAAGUCUUGUUGUCGGAGAAUCCACAUGGUUUGCCUGCUGUCAAUGAGAACUCUGACUUGGUGGAAAAGAGGAGGAAAUUCUGGUCCGAAGUGAAGCCUCUUUAUUUUGGUGUUUACUUAGGUUCUAAAAGUCUCUGGAGUAUACCUCGGACAAUUUGUAUAGGCUUGAUGGUGGUCCUAUUAGGCAGAUUUAGCUGGGGCCGCUCACUUCUUCUCAAAUACCCAGAGAUUUUCACUCUUGGACAGUUCAAUAAGAUGGGUCCCACAGAAGAAGAGGUUAGAAAUGCGUCGUUCAAGAUGUGGUUUCUGGGUCACGGCUAUAGUGAUGGGAGUCGUCUUCUGCAACAAGGAUCAAAGCCAAAUAUGGAAGUGGUGACUAGAAUUUCAGGGCCUGAGAUUGGUUAUGCAACAACUCCUAUCACUCUUGUUCAGUGUGCUCUCCUUGUGAUUGAUCAACGCCAAAGUUUACCAAAGGGAGGUGUUUUCCCUCCAGGGAUUGUGUUUGGUCCUACAGAUUUGCAAGAGCGCCUAGAAAAAAGGGGCAUAUUGUUUGAACUUAUCAGCAAAAAGACUCUCUCAUAGUAGUCAUGCAUCAAAAGCAAGUAUGUCUUCCAUUAACUGAAUAGCCGUUGUCAAAUGAGCUAAGUAGAUCAACAUGAAAGAAUUCUAAAUAAUUACUUGUGUCCUUCACUCUGUCAAACGAGCUACAUAGAUUGAUGUAAGAUAAUUCUAAAUAAUGUGUGCCAACAAACAUUAGUUUUACAUCUUUUUUGUAAGAUGCUACUUUAAAAAACUUAAUGAAAUGCUAUCAGUUAUAGUUUUCA